AUGCGAGCUCUCGUUGCUGUACUGGCAAUUGCCGUAAUUGCCACCGUGUCCGCUGAAGUUUUCUUCGAAGAAAGAUUUUCAGAUGAUUCAUGGGAAAAGAACUGGGUAUACUCCGAGCAUCCCGGCAAAGAAUUCGGAAAGUUCAAGCGGACUGCUGGAAAAUUCUAUCACGAAGAAUUACAAGACACAGGUAUCCAAACAACUGAAGAUGCCAGGUUCUACGCUCUCAGCAAUAAGUUCAAGCCAUUCACGAAUAAGGACAAGCCAUUGGUUGUCCAAUUCACCGUCAAGCAUGAACAAAUGAUCGAUUGCGGUGGUGGCUACGUGAAAGUCUUCGACUGUUCAUUGGACCAGAAGGACAUGCACGGAGAGACACCAUACCUUCUUAUGUUUGGACCUGACAUUUGUGGACCUGGAACCAAGAAAGUUCACGUAAUCUUCAACUACAAGGGAAAGAAUCUGUUGAUCAAGAAAGACAUUCGUUGCAAGGACGACGUGUACACUCACUUGUACACUUUGAUUGUAAAACCAGACAACACUUACGAGGUUCUUAUCGACAAUGAAAAGGUAGAGUCUGGAGAACUUGAAGCCGACUGGGACUUCUUACCACCCAAGAAAAUCAAGGACCCGAAUGAGAAGAAACCAGAAGACUGGGAUGACCGUGCCACCAUUCCCGACCCAGAAGACACCAAACCCGAAGACUGGGACAAGCCUGAGACUAUCCCCGACCCUGAAGCCACCAAACCAGAAGACUGGGACGAUGAAAUGGACGGAGAAUGGGAACCACCAAUGAUCGACAACCCAGACUUCAAAGGUGAAUGGAAGCCAAAGCAAAUUGACAACCCAGCUUACAAAGGACCAUGGCUCCACCCUGAAAUUGACAACCCAGAGUACGUUAAGGACGAAGAACUCUACAAGAAAGACGAAGUCUGCGCCAUUGGUUUCGAUCUUUGGCAAGUCAAAUCUGGAACCAUCUUCGACAACGUUCUCAUCACUGAUGAACCAGAAGCCGCCAGCAAAUUCGCCGAAGACAUUUGGAAACCAAACUUUGAAGGUGAAAAGAAAAUGAAAGAAGCUCAAGAUGAGGCUGAAAGAAAAUCAAUGGAGGCGGAGAAACCAGAAGCCCCAGAAGAAGACGAUGAUGAAGAUGAUGAUGAUGAUGCGGAUGAUGAAGACAACACCGUACCAGAAGUUGAGGAGCACGACGAAUUGUAA